AGAGAGAGAGAGAGAGGUGGAGAGAGAAAGAGAGAGUGAGGGGGAGAGAAGAGGAAAAGGAAGAGCAGAACACAGCAGAGAAAGGAGGGUGCGCAGGUUUAAGCUUUUUCUUCUAAUUUGUGGUUUGCAAGAGAAGAGAGCUGCACAUUCCGAGGAGAUAUUUGGGAACAUGCGAGGCGCACGCUGACCAGAAGUGAGUAUUGAAAUAUGUUGACACUGCCCUUCGAGGAAUCUCAUAUGAUGUGUGAGCCGCGGUUUGGUGCCAAUUAUACCCGUGAAAGCUUACCUGAGAGCCUGGAACAGGAGCGACAACACAACCCGGACAGGUCUAACUCAGACAUGAGGGAGGACGAGGACUGCAUCUCCGACCGAGAGGAGGACGAAAGGGAGGAUGAUCAGGAUGAGGACGGGCUUCCUAAAAAGCGAGGCCCCCGGAAAAAGAAGCUAGGGAGGGAGCCGAUGGACAGGUCCAAAGUACGGCGCCAUGAAGCCAACGCCCGAGAGCGCAGCCGGAUGCACGGCUUGAACGCCGCGCUGGAGAGCCUGCGCAAAGUUGUGCCGUGCUACUCUAAAACUCAAAAACUGUCCAAGAUUGAGACCCUUAGACUGGCUAAAAAUUACAUCUGGGCCCUGUCAGAGACUCUGAGUGCAGGGAAGAGACCGGACCUGCUCGCCUUCGUACAGACUUUGUGCAAAGGAUUAUCUCAGCCCACUACCAACUUGGUGGCCGGUUGUUUGCAGCUGAACGCGAGAAAUUUCCUCACAGACCACAACGGGGAGGUCAUGUUCUCUGGCAGAUCGCCCUACGAUGCCAUGUACUCGUACCCCGGCUCAGACAUGAACACGCCCCCCGGCCACAGCGGGAGCAGCUUGGACAGCAGCGCCAAGCCGUUCAGACACUACAGCUACAGCGGCGCGUACGAGCCCUACUACGAGAACCCCUCCCCAGAGAGCGGGAGCCCGCAUUUUGACAGCCAGCUGAGCCCCCCGAUGAACUUUAACGGGAUUUUCUCCCUAAAACACGACGAUCCGCCAGACUACGGCAAAAGCAGCCACUAUGGCAUGCGCUACUGCAGUGCGCCAGGGCGCACGGCUCUUGCGCACAACUCCAUGUACCGAGUGUCCCAAGAGGCCCGUUUCCCCUACGAUCUGCACGUCCGCAGCCAGUCCUUCCAAGCACAAGGGGAAGUUAAUGGCUCUUUCCACAAUUAAUCAAUCAGCUGGACAAAGUUCAAGUUUCAGAAGCGAUGCAAUUUCCCCCCACAGAUGUCGAGAGUGGAACGAAAUGGACUCCAGACACACUGAUGCACUGCAAAAUGCCCAUUUUAACAACUCAUUUUGUGUUCAAUGUUCAGUUUUGUUUUUCUUUGAAACAUAGUAAAAGUCUGCAAAUUAGAUGUAGAUGAUUUCACUAAAUUCUGGCUCCGAUAGACAGAAAAACAACUAAAUUAAAGUGAAAUUACUUCAGUCUGAAGGCAGAUAGAUCUUCUGCUUCAUUUAAAGAAAAUUAAGAUUUAAUGGCUCACUGCCACCCAUUUGUUUCCAGUGGAAAACCACAAAUAUAGAAGAAUUCGUUAAAUAUGGAGGUUUUAAGCAGAUUGUGUUCAGUUUAAGUGCUCUGUAUUUGUUAAUGGCUGUACUGCAGAUGUCGGUCAUGAUAUAAGUUACAUAAAGCUGAUCUAGUGGACAGGUAAUUCGAUUUUUCUGGUUAUUUAAUUAGGGUCACAACAGUCAGUUAAAAUUGUUUUCCUGGCGAAAUAAAAAUCAGAUUAAUGAAACAAACGGGGAAGAAGAAUUUAAAGUUUCACUUCAUCAGGGAAGUUUGCUGAGACAUGAUUGGAGUUCAGAGAUUCAGUCUGUUAGCAAUAAAGGUCAAUUGAGCUAUGCAAGGCAGCCAAAUGCAAUCUUUGCUUAUAAAAAAUGAUAUAUGUAUAUUUCCUCUCACAGGGCGUUUCUCAUAAUCUAAUACCUAAUUAAAAUGAUGACAAUUACAUAAAAUUAAUUAUUUAAAAAAAUGUUUGGAGACGUGCAUGUGUUUAGGAGACCUGGUGAUGAUGUCAUCUGAAUUGGUCCUAUAAAUACAGGAAGUUGUGGGGAAAAACUGAAAAACUAAAAAACUAAAAAACUAAAUGCAUUUGUAUUUGGAGUUAAUAGUGUGGUAACGAGGUGAAUGUAAAUUAUUAUUGUAUUAAUUUAUUUAAGCUUAUUUAUUAUAAGUCCGUCAAUUUGAAUGUGGAUAAUAUAUUAUAAAAAAAACUAUUGUAAAAUUCAACAGUGUUACCUUUUAUGUGAAUUCCCAUACAGUUAAAGUUUGUUUAUGUCGCAUUGUUGUAUAUUUCACUGCAGCUGAGAGUCGAGGACUGGAAGGAAAAUCAUUUUGUUUGAAGUGAACAAAACUAUAUGAAUCCGAGACAACAUGCCUUAAAAAAGAGAUGAUGACCAUCAAUAUGCAACGAAAUGACAGUUUUGGAGUUUGAUGUGAACUUUUUACACUUCCUUGUUCUUGCUGAAGAGCAGCUGUGAUGCACUUCAUGUAUUUCUGCACAAUGUUGGUGACUGUACUCAUAAAUUAUGUUGCUUUUGUAACUUUA